UGGCCGAUCUCCGGGAUGGGAAGGCGAGGAACUACGACUCCCAGGAUGCACCGUGAUUCUGCCCCCGGGGGGAAGAAAAUGGAUUAGUCCGGAAGUGGCAUGUGUCCUGCUCCAACUAAGAUUCGGCAGAAAUGGCCACAAGAACAGACCAGGUGGUUGGGUUUGGCCUGGUGGUCUUCAGUCUUGUGAUCUUCAUCUACUACACAAUCUGGGUGAUCAUUCUGCCUUUCAUAGACAGUGACCACAUCAUCCACACGUACUUCCUGCCCAGAGAGUAUGCCAUUAUCAUCCCCCUAGCAGCUGGCCUGGUCCUGUUGCUGUUUGUGGGGCUGUUCAUCACUUACGUAAUGCUGAAGAAUAGGAAGCCAGCCAAGAAGACAAAUUGAAGGAGGAGGCAUAGCCAGACUUGGGGAGGAGCUGGAGGUCAAAUCUUGGACCCUGUCUGCUGCAUCCCAUCGGGGCUUGGAGGAGACUUUGGGGGCAGAGAUCAGAGAGGGUUCUGUGUCCCGGCCUCACCACCUCCUCUCAGGCCAGGGUGGACUGGGACAGGGGUGCAGUCCUAAUCUUAGGACACAGCUGAUGCUCCCAGAUGCCCCUUGAAAGGUGUACAUUUUGGUCCUAUGGGACUGGCCUGAAUUGAGUUCCAUCUAUGACUGACUGCCUCCUUCAUCCUGGGAUCCAGCCCGUGUGAGAGGAGCAAGAAGUGGGCAUUCCAGCUCUUCUCCCUUGGCCCCUCUCCCAGAUUUAUGGGCAAAGGAGACGCCAACCUCCUUCCCUCUCUCCUAUCCCUCUUGGGCUCUGCAGACGAGCUUUCCUUCACAUUCCUAUAGGUCCCUUCAUUUCUCUACCUCUUGCUCAGUGGAAAGUCAGCUUUUCAGAGGCUGACACAACCUUGGGCUCUUCCCAGGGUACAGGUUCUCCUAGACAAAUCCCUGGCCCUAAAUUCACUUCCCUGGGGAGCAAGACCAGACCCCAACCUGGUGAAGGGGCCAAAGAGGAAAGAUGCUCAAUGCAGGCUGUGAAGAUUAGAAGCUUUGUGGACCAAACUACUGGCACUGCCAGGUAUAAAGGCCUGACAGAUACUGUUUGUCCAAUGUGCUGUGUCACACUCUGUACUCAUCUGAUCUCCAUGUGGUCCCUAUACCUUACCACAGCCCCUGUGCUACUAAGCUUCCGGCUUCAUCUCUGUGUUCAAUAAAUAUUUGAUACAUGUC